GAAAAAACAGAGGAACUUCAGUAUUCAGAUUAAGUUUUUAUCUAAAAUACAAUUUAACAAGGAAAUUAUUAUUUGGAAUUUGCAAAAUGAAAUCAUUAGUUUUCGUUCUAUUAAGUACGCUAAUCCUUAUGACUUAGACGUGCGCGAGGAUUCUAAUAAUAGCCCGCAAAUGGGACAAACCAAUUGUCUUUAUUGGUUCAAGUUCAGACGUAAUGCCACAGAAUAUAAAAUAGUAUGACGCAGUAAUACUUUCAUGAUAAUCUUUAUGAUAUAAAUCUACUAUGGUCCAUUGUUCCUUAUUCAAUAUAAAGAAAUGGCUAAAAAUUAAAUGCAUUUCUUUUUCAACGAAUAAUUAUUUUGUAAAUUUCGUAAUUCAUAGAAGUUGAGAAUGUGAAUACAUGAUGUAUUUCCUAUUUUCAUUAACUACUAUUGUCGUACUUUCAUUUCAUAAAACUAAAAAAGAAACGAAUUCCUCAACAUAUACUUAAUUAUGAGAGGCACCAACAAUUAAAAUAAAUACUAUAUUCAUUAAUCUUAUAUCCAUCAAACAUAACGUCAACAUAUAAUCAGUUAAACAAACAAUAAGGCACUCUAUAUUAUUAAAAAAGACCGAAAUCAUAUCCACCCUACACAGUCACGUUUCAGUAAACCGACGAGCUUUCAGUGAGGCAAACGUUGCCACACCGCAAUGUAGCCUUUAUAACCUUAAAUAUAAUGUUUAUGUUCAUUACCGGCUAACUUAAGACUUCAGUAUAAACUUAGAAGUUAAAACAAGCAAUGUAUGAGGCAUCACUAUUCAAAAUUUAAAUACUUAAAGUAAAAAGAAAAUUGUUGGCGGUUUGAAGUUUCUAUUUGAAAAACACGAAAGAGGUUUUAUUUAAAGUGAAUCCUAGAUGUUUGAUAGAAACUUCUUGGAGUUGUACAAUGAUUAUUUUAUGUGUUUAUAGUGGUGUUUUUAAUUGAUAUCUAAGAAAAUAAAAAUGAAUGCCUGGUCAGGCCAAGAGGGGGAUGUUAUGGGACCCACUGUCACACGUACGGGCAGUGCCAAGCCCAAUACUCCACCUCUGAAGAACGGCAAUGAUUUGAGAGAGUCCGGUUAUCUGAUAGCAGUUGGUUCCAGAACUUCCAGGUUCAGAAGAAAAUACAAGAAAAGAUUGCCGUUUUUCGUCAUUAUCAUCAUAUUUCUACUGUUACUGAUAGCUUUUAUAAUAAUUACUAUUUUAUAUGCCCUAGCAGUACAUAAGAAACCAGUGAAACUCUGCAAGAGCACCGAAUGUCUGCGCUCAGCGGCGAACCUCGCUCUCUCAAUGGACCCCAGUGCGAAUCCUUGUGAUAACUUUUAUCAGUACGCGUGUGGCAACUGGGGCUCCGACCACCCGAGACCGGACACGUAUCGCUCUUACGACUGGUUUCGGGACAAGCAGACCAAGGUGUACACGAUAGUGAGGGACUUCCUCAACAGGAAUACGAGCAACCAGCCGAAGGCUGUGCAGCAGGCUAAAGAGAUGUAUGUCGGAUGUAUGGAUACCGAAACAUUAAACAAACGCGGACUUAAACCAGUAAUCGCCGUGUUAGAGUCCCUCGGCCUUCCUCCAUACCCGACCUACAUCAAUAUCACUGAAGACUUCGACUACUCCACAUAUACCUUCGAUUGGUUGGAAACUGUCAUCAAGAUCAAGACUCAGAUCGGUAUGGACGUGCUCAUAGGGUUUGAUAUAUACACCGAUCCAAAGAAUUCAUCGGUGUAUAGAAUGGUUAUGGGUUCGCCUGAGACAACUAAUCCAUUUCCAAGCACUCACACGGAAAGAAAACGCCACAAUGGCAGAAAAUCCCAAAACAUCCUAAAACGUUUCAUAAAAGAAACGUCAAGUAUCUAUCACGUAAAUCGACGAAAUGACAAAUCCGAUGACGAUGAAGAAGAUGAGAAAAUAGCACAAGUACAUAAAAUAUUUUACGCAGAACUUAUGAAACUGUUCGUUUUAGAAUCUGAAGACAUUGCUAAACUUACUGAAGUUGAUCUAGAUAAGAAUUUGAUUGAGGCUGCUUCUGAAUAUUAUACCAUGAGCAACGACCUUUAUGAGUUAGAAACAGACAACUCAACAGAGGCAGAUGAAGAAGAUUACGGCAACACACCAGAAUAUACCGUAGACGAAAUUCAAACUCACACAGAUUCAAUUGUUGAACUAAACAAUGGUACAGCUACGCCUAUAUGGAGAAGGUAUUUAGAAGGAUUGUUCAGUGUUAGUACCACUGAACUGGACUUCGAAAAGGAUAAGAUUCUGAUUGCUGAUAGUGAUUUGAAAUACAUGUCGUUGAUGGAAACUUACGUUUCGAGGAUUCCGCCCGUAGUCAUGGAACUUUAUAUCUGGGUGAAGGUAGCAGAAGUUAUGUCAGUUCACACCACUACGGAACUUCGCGACUUAUUCCAACGGGCAUACGAACAGACUCACUCACACAGUCAGCCGACCCCGCGCAGCCUGCAGUGCGCUAACGCUGUCAACGACAUGCUCGGCAUGGCCGUGUCCUACGGCAUCGCUGAUCCACACUUCUUUAAUGUUACUAAACCAAAGAUAAUAACAAUGAUUGAAGAACUAAAAGAUGCUUUAGCUCAUCUUGUUGGCGAAGCCAAAUGGAUGGAUGACAACACGAAAGUGGCGACAUACCAGAAAAUCAUAAACAUGAAGACACUCAUUGGCUUCCCAGACUGGCUCCUUGAAGAUGGGAAACUAGAAGAUUAUUAUGACGGAAUAGAUGUAGAUCCUAAGAAACAUUUGGAGAACAUGAUAAACAUAAACCAAGUUAAAACAAAGAAAGUACUCAAUAGGUUUAGAGAUGGAAAUAACUUUACUUGGGCGACGGAUCCCACUGAGGUGAAUGCGUAUCAUACGUUUCAGGAAAAUACUAUAACUGUCCCUAUGGUGAUGUUACAACAUCCCUUCUUUGAUUUAGGACUUGAUUCACUUAACUACGGAUCACUGGGCACCGUUCUCGGACACGAAAUCACUCACGGUUUUGACAAUUUUGGUCGUCUGUUUGACAAGAACGGAAACAUGCUGCCGUGGUGGUCCAACAGCACUAUAGACUCAUAUGUCAACAUGACGCAGUGCUUCAUAGACCAGUACUCUGGAUACUAUAUACCUGAGCUGGAUGACCAUGUAGAUGGAAAAAAGACUCUUGGAGAGAACAUAGCUGAUAAUGGCGGUAUGAGAGAGGCACUCGCGGCUCUGAAGCAUCACUUGAAGAAACGUGGACCAGAACCGAAGUUGCCUGGUUUUGAACAUUUCACAUCCGAACAACUGUUCUUUUUGUCUUACGGGAAUUUAUGGUGUGACGUGUCAACCAAAGAGUCUUUGAAAUCAGAUCUGGAGGACGAGCACUCCCCUCAAAAGUUCAGAGCGCGAGGGGCACUACAGAACAGCCAGGAGUUUGCCAAGGCGUGGCGCUGCCCCCCGGGGUCCAAUAUGAACCCUACUAAACGAUGCAUCAUAUUCUAAAGAUGAGGUAAAAACCUUCUCGAAGAAAACAAUGCAAGCAGUGUUUAUAAAUAGGAAUAAAUUAUUUAUCUGACCGUCCACAUACUUAAGGUUUAAUUUUGUAAAUGUGUGCCAUAGAUGUUAACGUAACUUUUAGUCUACAAGCAGUACAAGUAUUAUUAGAACAUUUAUAAAAGUUAGGUUAGUUUAAGUGAUCAAAUCAAAUAUAUAUUUAUUGUUUCAAAAUAAUUGUUACUAUGUUUUCCACCUUAAAACUAACUUACAAUUUAUGUGCAAUACAAGAGUACAUUCUAAUUGUGGAAAAGAUCUCCUGUGCUCUGUACUAGUUCGAGAACUGUAUCACAGAACACAGAUCAAUUUAUUGUUGCACAGAAAGUUGACUGAAUGACAGUUUUUGUGGAUUAUUUUAUCGUUGCUAGUGUGAUGCCUCUUUUGUAUCUUUUCACGUGUCUUACGUUUUUUUCGUCAAUAAAUGGUUUUGAACUGUG